GUAUCGACGGGAACUUAACCUCUACGUCGCGGAGCGAGACAGCUUUCAUCGAACGAGACCGACAUGGAAAUAUCGUGAAUUCGCGGGAAUGUAAAUCCGAGAGUAACCGGUCGCGGAUUAAUUAGCCUUGCGCAAUGUACCGUGUCACAUAUUAACAAUAACGAUAAGAUUACUCCGGUUUAGUCUGGUUGUGCCGUAACGUAAGCGAAGCAGCGCGCAGUAACGAUGCCUCGGAUGAUCGUGAGCCACACAUGGGCCAGAUCGUUCAUACGUUAGUUUCUCGACCAUCAAACCAGCCUACGGACACGCGGUGAAGUGUACGCGUUAUCCAGACCCGUCAGCGCCGUUGCAUCUUUCGCUGGCAGCUAGUGCUCGUUCCUCAAUUUCGUCGCAUCGUGUGUCGGCCGACGACUGAAAUAUGGGCGCCGCUUCGAAUACGACAUAUUUAGGGCUUGAUCUCAGCACGCAGCAGUUGAAAGCAGUGGUCGUCGAUAAUGAUCUCACCGUUCUCUGUGAAACCAGCGUACAAUUCGACAAUGAUCUGCCGGAAUUUAGAACGUACGGAGGGGUCAUUCAGAAAAAAGAAGAGCCACACGUAGUGGUCGCCCCCACUUUGAUGUGGGUUAAGGCUUUGGACAUGAUCCUUGAUAAAUUACGUGUCUGCGGCGUUGAUUUCAGUAAAGUGGCCGCUAUUUCCGGAUGCGCACAGCAACAUGGUACGGUUUACUGGGGCAAGGGCAGUCGAAAUCACUUGCGACAACUGGACCCCACGAAAUUUUUACACGAGCAACUCGUCGCAUCAUUUUCGGUAACAGCAUCGCCUGUAUGGGUAGAUUCCAGCACCACUAAGGAAUGCAAAAUAUUGGAGGAGAUCGUGGGUGGUCCUCAGAAAUUAGCGGAGAUAACGGGAUCUCGGGCGUACGAGAGAUUCUCAGGACCUCAAAUAGGAAAAAUAGCACGCAGGAGGCCAGAAGCCUACAGUAACACUGAGAGAAUCUCAUUAAUUAGUAGUUUUCUUGCGUCCUUGUUUCUGGGCGAUUUCGCGCCGAUCGAUUGGUCCGACGGAUCUGGAAUGAAUUUAUUGAACAUUCACACGAAAGACUGGGAUGACGUACUGUUGGAGACUUGCGGUCCUGACUUAAGAAAAAAACUCGGCGAACCUGUUUCCACGAGUAACAACAUUGGACCGAUUUCAAACUAUUUCGUAGAGAGAUUCAGCUUCGAUGAGGCAUGCAGGAUAAUCGCAUUCACGGGGGACAAUUCUGGCUCUCUGAUUGGAAUGAGGUUAAACGAAGGAGAUAUCGCUUGUAGUUUAGGGACAAGCGACACAUUAUUUCUGUCGUUAAACAAACCGCAAACUGCAUUAGAGGGCCAUGUAUUUUGUAAUCCUAUAGAUGACAAUGCUUUUAUGGCACUGCUGUGUUUUAAAAAUGGAUCUCUGACGCGUGAAAGAAUACGCGACACUGCGGCACAAGGUUCUUGGCAAAUUUUUAACGAGUUACUGGAGAGUACUCCUCGCGGUAAUUUUGGCAACUUAGGUCUAUAUUUUGACGCACAAGAAAUUUUGCCUUUCAUCGUCGGUGACCAUAGAUUCAAUAAAGCCAACGAUGAAAUAUCACGGUACAGCUCGAAAGAAGUCGAAGUAAGAGCUCUGAUCGAGGGUCAAUUUGUUGCGAAAAGAGCACAUGCGGAGGAUUUUGGUUUCGUUAUUGGUCCGAACACACGUAUUAUAGCAACAGGAGGCGCUUCGGCAAAUAAAGCUAUUUUACAAGUACUUUCUGAUGUAUUCAAUUCACCAGUGUACAUAUCGGACGUAGCCAAUUCAGCUAUGAUGGGUGCAGCCUAUCUGGCAAAGUAUGCUCUAUUACGAAACGAAUGCAACUUCGAUGAAAUAUCACGCUGUUUGCCUGAGCCAACGCUUGCAUGCCGUCCUUACGAUGAUGCAGAUUCGAUAUACAGAUCUAUGGUUGUCCGUUAUCGAAGGAUAGUGGAACAAAUUUUAAAGAAAUCAAGUACAAAUUAAUGUAUGUGAACUUGUAUACAUACACCACGGAAUGAGCGAUUCUUCCGAGAGGCCUUCAUCUUGGAUAAUACAUAGAAGAUCGAACAUUAAUUAUGCAUUUAAUAUAUGAUUUAACUAACGAAGUUUUUUACGAAGUUUUUAAAAGGGAUUCUUAGAAGCUGGCUUUUAUAAUUAGAAAUACUGAUGUUCCAAUCAGUUGUAAUAUGCUAAUCGACGAUAUUGGAAAUAUUUAUACGUAAAGCUAUUGGAAAUAUUUUUUCGUAAAAAUACAAAAGGUGUCUUUAAGAAAAAAUUACUAAAAAUAUCUGUGCUGCAAAUAUGCAGGCUAUAUUUUGCGAAUGCAGUGUUAAUGUCGCAUUGUAUUUAUCUAAUUAAUUCUAAAUCGCUAAUGCCUUAUACAUAAAUAAAAGUGCGAGAUAAGAUUAAGUGCAAUUUGUUUCAGAAAAAUCUGAGCUGAGCUUAUGAAAAAGUACUUUUAUAAAUAUUUAUGAAUAUUAUUGUAUUUCAUUAAUUUAUUAAAUUGUAAUUUAUUAUAA